AUGACACCAUCCCCUCCAAAAUUAACUUAUAAAGAUCCCCACCUAACUUCACCAUCAACUUUUCCACUGGCCAGGAAACAAGGGAUUAAUCACCACUCACUCAACCUGUCUUCACCACCUGCAAAGUCCACCAAUGAGAAAGUUACAAUAAGAUCCAUGAAGAAAGCAGCUAGGAGGAAGUCCAGUGGUAGCUCAGAAUUGAUAAUUUGGGUAUUAUGGAACCCAAAUGUUAUUGAUCUCAAUGUGAUUGAUACAAAUAGGCAAGCCAUCCACUGUAGCAUCUCCAUCACAGGCCAAAACAUUGCCUUCUUCACUUCCUUCAUAUAUGCAGCUAACUCUGUUAUUGAGAGACAUGUGCUUUGGGAGAACAUCAUACUUCAUGCAGGUAACUUUGUCCAAUCCCCUUGGCGUUUGAUGGAAGACUUCAAUGCCAUUCCCAAUGCCAGAGAGAAGUAUGGUGGCUCAAUGAGAUGGUGCCCAGCCAUGACUGACUUCAAAGAAUGCCUGCAGAAAGUUGAGCUUGAAGACCUGAAAUUCAAUGGUAUACUUUAUUCUUGGUGCAACAGAAGCUCGGGAGUAGCCUGCAUAGCCAAAAAAUUGGAUCGAGCAUUGGUUAACCAAAAGUGGACCAGCUCAUUCCUAGUAUCUGAAUGCAGCUUCUUGACACCAGGGAUCUCAGACCACAGUCCCAUUCUUGUUUCCACGGAUUUCCACCUCCCAAGGAGAUGUCUCCCAUUAAAAUUCUUCAAUGCUUGGAAUUCUCAUCCCAAGUUCCUACCCUCAGUUCAGGAAGUAUGGAACACAUACAUUAAGGGCACAACAAUGUACCAAUGUGUUCAAAAGCUCAAACUGCUAAAACAAGGCCUCAAAAUUAACUGCAAGAAGGAAUUUACUGAUAUUGAAUCUAAGCUACAUUUAGUCAAAAUGGAGUUUGACUCUUGCCAACUUGAUCUUGACUCCAAUCCAAGCAAUGAUCUCUUUAGGCACCUUGAGAAGUCACUUUCCAAUGAAUACCUGAGGAAUGGGAAGUUGCUUUCUGAAGCUAACAACACAUACAUUGCAUUAGUUCCUAAAUGCCAAAACCUAACUUCCAUCCAUGAUUACAGGCCUAUCUCCUAUUGCAACUCCAUAUACAAAUGCAUUGCAAAGAUCCUGGCAUACAAGCUGCAACAAACCCUCCCUCCCAUCAUUGAUAUGUCACAAUCAGCCUUCAUAAGUGGCAGGAAAAUCACAGAUCCAAUUCUUCUUGCUCAUGAACUACUCAGAGGUUGGAAGAUAUUUAAUGAAACCGUCGCUGGAAUUGAGAUCUUAUUUAAAGAGAAAGAUAUCACCACACUGAAUCUUCCACUACAAAAUGCUUGCAUCUCCUCACCCUUUUUCACCAUUGCUAUAAAUGGAGAAUUUCAAGGGUACCUCAAAGGUAAAAGGGGUUUGAGGCAAGGUGACCCCAUUUCACCAUUCUUGUUUGUCAUUGUAAUGGAUGCAUUAUCCUCUAUCAUAAAUGAUUAUGUUAGAAGAUCUCAUACUUUCAAGUUCCAUUGGAGAUGCGGACCUUUAAAGAUCACACACCUUUUAUAUGCUGAUGAUCUCAUGCUAUUCUGUCAUGGAGAUAUUACUUCUGUUUCAGUGCUGAAAUCAGCCCUUGAUCAUUUCUGUUGUAUGUCUGGAUUGGAUAUUAACUUCUCUAAAAGCAGUAUAUACUUCUCUGGAACUGAUCCUCAUAUAGAAGCUGCAAUCACAUCCUUACUUGGUAUAGGGAUUGGAUCUUUCCCAGUAAAGUAUCUUGAGGUUCCUCUUAUUUCUACUAACCUCAAAUCAUCUCACUGCAGCCAAUUUAUUGAGAAGAUCACAAAUAGAAUCUCAAAUUGGUCUUCGAGGUCUAUUUCUUAUGCAGGUAGACCCCAACUUAUAAAAGCAGUUCUGGUUUCAACUCAAGUCUAUUGGUCAAGUAUCUUCAUUCUCCCCAAAGCAGUUAUCAACGAGCUCAAUCAAAUUUUCAGAGCAUUCCUGUGGUCAGGACCUGAAAUGAAGAUUAGCAAAGCCAAAGUGAAUUGUAAUAAAGUCUGCCUGCUAAAAGAACAAGGAGGUCUUGGCAUUCCAAAUUUGGAGCUGUCAAACAAAGUUGGCAUUCUAAGAAGCAUAACUCUCCUGCAAAUCUCCUUCGCAAAUUAUGCUUCUCAUCAAUGGUCUACCACACAUGGGAAGAACGGAAUGAUCGAAUCUUCAAAGGGAAAUCUUCUACCCAAAGAAUGGUUCUCUCAAGAAUCACUUCCACCAUCAUUGCUAUUCUCAAAUUGGGAUUCCUUCGUGAUUGCUCCUUUUCGAGACAAAUUCUCAUCGACUGGAAUCUUCCUCCCAAUUGCUGUCGUCCUCCACCUAAACUACCGGACUGAAGAUUGCUUGCGUCUUUCGGCGUCCUCCUCUAGGGUUCAAACCAGAUUGUCCUCUAAUAACUUCCAUUAA